UUCCUCCUCUCAAUUCCGACAAUCGAUCACGUUUACUUUGGCCCAUAGUUCAUGGGAGGAUCCGAAGCUGAUUGCGGCUGGAUUCUGUACCUCGCCGCCAAAUGCGGCGGCCUCGACCUCCUCUCCCUCCUGCUCCUCGCAUCGGCUAUUUCCCUUACCACUCUGCUUCUCCACUGGGCCUUCCCCGGCGGCCCCGCCUGGGGACGCCACUGGUGGCAGCUCGGCCACCGGCCGUGGUGCCCCUCGAGCAAGGCCAUCCCGCCGGGCCCCCGCGGCCUCCCCGUCGUCGGCAGCAUGUUCCUCAUGUCCGGCCUCGCGCACCGGAAAUUGGCCGCCGCCGCUGCUUCUGUCCCCGGCGGCCACCGUCUCAUGGCGUUCAGCCUCGGCGACACCCGCGUUGUGAUCACGUGCGAUCCGGAGGUGGCACGUGAGAUCCUCCACGGUUCGGACUUCGCGGACCGGCCGACCAAGGAAUCGGCCUACGCGCUCAUGUUCCACCGCGCCAUCGGAUUCGCCCCCUACGGAGCCUACUGGAGCGGCCUCCGCCGCAUCGCCGCCAGCCACCUCUUCUGCCCCCGCCAGAUCUCCGCCUUCGCCACCGGCCGGGCCGAGAUCGCGGACCAGAUGGUCCGCGCCCUCCACCGGCUCAAGGCCGAAGCUAACCCGGUUCAGAUUCGGGAGGUCGUCAAGCGGGCGUCGCUGAGCCACGUGAUGUGGUUCGUAUUCGGGCGAAGGUACGAGCUGGUAGAGGAGACCGAGGAGUGGAGGGAGCUGAAGAGCAUGGUGGAGGAGGGAUACGAGAUGCUGGGGAAGCUCAACUGGUCCGACCACCUGCCGGCGAUCGCCGGAUUCGACCUCCAGCGGGUCCGCUCGCGGUGCGCUCGGCUCGCCCGCCGAGUCGACCGAUUCGUGACCCGGAUCAUCGACGAGCACCGAGUCGAACGCAACUCAGGCGACCGCGACGCGCCCCCGCGCGACUUCGUGGACGUUCUGCUGUCCCUGCAGGGCGCCGAUCGGCUCUCCGACGACGACAUGGUGGCCGUCCUGUGGGAGAUGAUAUUUCGAGGUGCGGACACCGUAUCGGUGCUGAUAGAGUGGGUCUUCGCGAGGUUGGCUAAGCACGAAGACGUGCAGGCGAAGCUCCACGCGGAGCUGGACGAGGCGGUGGGGAGAGACUGGGCGGUGACGGGAAGCGAGCCGAGGCAGCCGCUGCCGUACCUUCAGGCGGUGAUCAAGGAGACGCUUCGGAUGCACCCUCCGGGCCCGCUGCUCUCUUGGGCCCGCAUCGCCACGUCGGACGUCCGUGUCGGCCGCUACUUGAUCCCCGUGGGGACCACCGCGAUGGUGAACAUGUGGGCCAUCGCGCGUGACCCGGCCUACUGGGUCGAUCCUCUCCGGUUCGAUCCGCUCCGGUUCAAGGGGACCGAAUUCCCGGUGAUGGGUUCGGACCUGCGGCUGGCGCCGUUCGGGUCCGGGCGGCGGAGCUGCCCGGGGAAGGGACUGGCCGUGGCGACGGUCGAACUAUGGGUGGCGGCGCUGGCUCUGGAGUUCGAGUGGCGGCCUCCGGAGGGCGAAGAGAUCGACCUAUCGGAGGUGCUCCGGCUAUCGUGCGAGAUGGCGGCGCCGCUGAAGGUGAGUCUACGCCAGCGGCGAAAACGGGCGGUGGCUUAAAGUUAAAAAGAAGAGUGAAAUGAAUUUAUCUUUUGUAGUAUAGUUGGUUUGCGCUAUGUAAAAUGGUUUUCUAUUAAUUCCGUAUAUUUAUUUUAUUGUGAGUUUUUAUUUGUGCCGCGCGGACUUGUUAAAGUCCUACAUGUAAAAUAGUGGAAUGAAUAUAAUAUUGACGGUUUAUGAUA